GGCAGUUUGGGGUGGAGUCUAAGCCUUCCAGAGCUUCCCAAGCUAAGGAAGUCAGGGACAAAGCAUAGUUUAACAUGUUUAGUACUCAAGACUAAACAUUCAGUCCCAUUGAUAUAAAAAGUGAGAGGCUGAGGCUCUGCCACACCCAUAUUAAAGACUUCAAUGGCAUGAGAGCCGCACCGCGCCCAGAGGACUUUAUCCGAGCACGUCUGUCAGAUACACGCAGUGUAACGUUAGUGGAGUCCAGAGAAAUCCAACACACACACACACACAGCAGGAUGUAUGAACGCGCGCUGUUCGCUCUCUGCCUGCUUACUUUGGUGUUGUUUCAGAGCGCUGCGUCUUGUGAGUUGAGGCCUGUGCUUGCUCAAGUGCCUAAGAGGCUGCCCGCCGGUUAUGUCAUCUCCGAAAGCAAGGAAGAAUUGAGUCUCAAAGGCUGUGCGGCCAAACCUGUGGCCUUUACUUCCAGUGACCCUGACUUCGCUGUGAAUAGAGAUGGAACCAUUAUCACAGUUCAUGGUUUGGAGAUUACAACAAAGCGGUUUUCUGUACUGGUGCAGGAUGAGAAUGGAAUGGAUUGGAGGGUGGACAUAAUCCUGUCCUGUAAAGAUGAGGCAUCUCAGAAGUCUAGCAGUGUGGCUCGCAAGCGUACUAAGAGAAGAUGGAGACCGUUGCCUUUCUCUUUAGUUGAGAAUGACAAGCUUCCAUUCCCAAAGGAACUGGAGAUGAUUGCAUCUGAUUCUUCAGUAAAUUACACAGUGUAUUAUGAAAUCAGUGGACAGGGUGUUACUACAGAUCCUGUGGGCCUAUUUAUUCUAAACAAGAACAACGGCAUGCUGAGUGUGACUAGGGCUGUCGACCGUGAGCAGUACCCACAAUUCAAUUUUAUCGCUCGUGUGUUUGACCUAAGUGGCAAGGAAACGGAUGCAUAUCUGCCCAUCACUGUGAAUGUGGAGGAUAAGAAUGAUAACACCCCUGAAUUCAUAGGAGGUCGAUUCUUCACUGUAGAAGAACGGUGCAGGGCAGGUAUGAAAGAGAAGGACGAAAGAUGCAUUUUCAAAUAUCAAGUUCAGGGCAUAUAUCACACCAAAAUCAAAGGACAGAAAGGAUUGGAUUUUGAAAAAACUCCACUGGUGAAGCUGGAAAUAACUGCCCGUAAUGAGGUUCCACUGGUUGGGCCUGACACUAAAUGGCUCUCUGUGCCACUCGAGCUCAGUGUGGGAGAUGAAGAUGAAGGACCAGAGUUCAACCCUGGCAUUCUAUAUCUCAAAGUCAAGGAGAAUGUUGCCAAUGGAACCGUCAUUGGAACCUAUAAAGCUCUGGAUCCAGAAAAUAAGAACAGUGAUGGAAUGAAGUACUAUAAGAUGACUGACCCAGGCAACUGGAUCACUGUGGUGGAGAACACUGGAGAACUGAAAACAGCCAAUACUAUAGAUCGAGAAUCACCUUUGGUCCACAAGGAUAUGUACAACAUAACCAUCAGAGCUGUGGAUGAGAGUAAGAAGACAGGAAAAGGGAUGGUUAUAAUCCAGAUCGAAGACGUGAAUGAUAACAUCCCUGUGAUUCCGGGCAAAGACCUGAUCAUGUGUAGUAAGGGCGAUACGCUGAGCUCUGUUCUGGUUGAAGCCGUGGACAUGGACAAGCCACCUUACUCUACUCCCUUCAUCUUCGAACUUGGAGCAGAUCAUGAUGGGAAGUGGAAACUGAAGGAUACUACAGGUUCCUCUGUGGUGCUGGAACAGGCUGUGGCCAUGCCCAACGGUCUCUACAGUGUUCCUCUCUUGGUGAAGGAUCUGCAGGGAUUCGGGAAAGAGCAGACCAUGGAUGUGCGAGUGUGCACUUGUGAGAGGGAGGACAAUGGGUUGGGAAUAUGUGGGGCUCGGAGUGCCUCUUCCUCUUUGGGAAGUUUGGGAAUCCUUGCCUUAGUUCUCUCUGGCCUGCUGUUGAUACUUUUAAGUCUGUUGCUCAUCUUCAUAUGCAGUACUAAGAGAGACAAGCUUUACAUCAGUGAUGACACAGGAACAGGUGGAAUGCUGCUGAAAUCCAACACUGAGGCUCCUGGUGAAGAAGUGAAAGAUGGAGCUUUGAUGAUGAUUCCUGCGGCAGAGGUAGUGGACGGGUCACUACAGAGCGGCCUCAUGGAAAGUAAGAACAUGACUUCAGCUUCAGGGCGCUACGGGCAGUCGUUUUUCCAGGGAGGAGGCGUGUACAACACCACCACUCAAGAGUUUGGGACAGAGAAGUACUACUCAUCUGGACGCUAUGAUAACAACAUGCACGGCAAUGCCACGAUACCGAAACUCUCCAAUACGAGUGCUCUGGACACAUGGAAAACCAACGGGCGCUACUUGGACAGAAAACUGGCUUACUUUGGAGACGAGGCGGAGGGGCGGUAUGCGGAUGACCUGCUGAAGACUUAUGGGCAUGAGGGGAUGGGAUCUCCUGCAGGCUCUGUAGGAUGUUGUAGCAUCGUGGGUGAACCGGAAUCACUGGACUUUUUGAACACUCUCGGACCCAAAUUCAGACCACUGGCUGACGUCUGCUACACCACGAAUCGAACCGGAAACUAAAUCGAGACGUGACUGAGAUGAGAGAGUACUGUAUGCUGUUUGCCAGGGGCCUUCAAAGCACACUGCAGAAAAUCAUGUUCCUAAUCAGUAUUUUUGCCUCGUUUUCUAGUAAAAAUAUCAAAAUAUCCUUAAAACAAGAUGAAUUUACUUGAGAAGCAAAAUUAUGCAAGACCAUUACUGAAUGUAAAGUCUAUUGAUUGUUUAAAUGUAAAUCUCACCAAAUAUGAUUAGAUUUAAGCUCAAAAAUAAAAUGAAUGUUUAAGAAUAACCUUAACUCCAUGAUAUAUAUUCUCUUAGUAUCUCAGUUUUGCUUCUUAAGUAAAUUUACCAAGUUUUGAGGAUAUUUAGUUAUUUUUACUGGAAAACGAGACAAAAAUGCUGAUUUAGAAAACUUUUUUGCAGUACAUGCCUUUCUGCUGGAUUAAUCAAGUGCCUGUGUUUGUCUCUUAAGUUUUUAAGUGUGUGUGAAUGAUGCAAAUAAGCUUUUCUGUAAUUGUUUUGCUCUGCUUUGCAAACCUCUUCCUCACAGAGCUGAGGAAGGACAGUUUCAAUAUAAGUAGGCCUAUACAGAAGAGACAUUAUUUUCUCCCCGAUCGAUUGCAAUUCUCAGCCGUGUGAAGUAUUAACUGAGUCUAUAUUUACAAGACCACGAUGAAGUGUGCUCGUAAACAUUUUUUUGGGCAACGUAUGGAAUUCAGAGCGCUCUUCAGCUCCAAAAACAUUGACACCCGACAUCAACUCUGGACACUGAACUCAUCCUUAGGCCAUGAUGUAUUACUAGAGUUUUUGUGUUAUUUUCUUACAACAUUAAAUGGUAUAGUUGCUAUAGGGAUUUUUAAUUUCAAUGAAAAGAAACCAACUAUUUUGUAUGUAAGUCACUUUAUGCUUUAAAUGAAGAUAGAGGUGAAAGGUGAAAGAACAGGUAAAUUUGGGAAAAACUACUUAGAAGUAAUUUUUUUUUUAUCUCUUUGAUAUUAGUUUUGUUCUGACAGCACAUUUUAAGAUUUCUUUUUUUGUUUGUUUUUUGUUUUUGUAUUUGUGGUAAAUAUUACCAACAUAUCAGAUGUUUAGAGGGUUGUUCUGAUUUUAAACUUAAAGGGAUGCUCUUUGUAAAUAUUUUAAUAAAAUUGAUUACAGACCCUA